AUGAAGGCUAUUGUAUAUUACGGCCCAAAGGACAUCCGCUUCGAUGCUUCAUACCCUGAACCGCAAAUCCAAGAACCAACUGACGUGAAGUUGAAGAUCCACUAUUGUGGAAUCUGUGGGUCGGAUUUGCAUGAAUAUACCGAUGGUCCUACGUUCUUUGCUCCUCCGGGAGAGAACCAUUCAAUCUCCAAUAAACCGUAUCCACAUAUUAUGGGACACGAAAUGAGUGCCGAAAUUGUCGAGAUCGGCUCCGACGUCAAUGAUUUUUCCGUGGGUGACAGUGUGGUGGUUGAAGUCACCGGCACUUGUAUGGACCGUGACCGCUUCGAGGGCCCCAAUGAGGAUGUUCUCAAAUGCGAGGCGUGCACUGAUGGCCAUUACAACGCAUGUACUUAUUUGGGACUCACUGGCUUGGGUUUUACCGACGGAGGCUUCGCGGAGUAUGUGGUCACCAGCUCGUCCAAGUUGGUUAAGUUCGACAAGAACAAGAUCAACUACGACGUGGCUGCUUUGAUCCAGCCUUUGGCAGUUUCCUGGCACGCAGUGCGUCUCAGUAAUUUUGAGGAGGGCCAGAUGGCUCUCGUUCUUGGUGGUGGACCCAUUGGCUUGACUACAAUCUUUGCCUUGAAGGGCCACGGUGCGUCCAAAAUCGUGGUGAGUGAACCAUCCUCAGGUAGAAGGAAGUUGGCCGAAUCUUUGGGAGUGGACACAUUUGAUCCUACUGGAAAGUCUGUCGAAGAGUGUGUUAGUAUACUUAAGAAAAUGACCAGUGACGGAUAUGGCUUCCAUCGUUCUUUUGACUGCUCUGGAGUGCCAGCGACGUUCGACACCAGCGUCAAAGCAUUGAGAAUCCGUGGUGUGGCCACUAACGUGGCAGUGUGGGCACAUCGGCCCAUUGACUACUACCCAAUGAUGACCACCUGGUCGGAGAAGUCCGUGAAGGGCUCGAUUUGUUUCGUGAAGGAGGAUUUCGAGGCAGUUGCCAAUGCAAUUGAGGAAGGUCACAUUGAUCAGAGAGAGUUGAAGUCUCUUAUUUCCGCCGAGAUCCCACUAGAACGGGCAGUAGAGGAAGGAUUCGACGAAUUGAUCAAGAAUAAGGAGAAGCAUAUCAAGCUUCUUUUCACGCCGUUGGCUUAG